AUGUCUGUCCGCUCAGCAAUUCACGGGACUAGCUCCGUCAUCAUUUCAAACCUUUUCGUGAAGCUCCCCGUCCCGAUUGGAAAUUCAGAGCUGUCAAAUCAAACCUUCAUUGUGACCGGCGCUAACACUGGCCUUGGAUUUGAAGCCAGCCGUCACUUAUCACGACUCGGAGUAGGAAAGUUGAUCAUGGCUGUACGGACUCCUGCCAAAGGCGCCGACGCGAAGAAAAGGAUUCUCAAUUCAACUAGUCGACCAGAGUCGUCUAUUGAAGUUUGGCCCAUCGAUAUGGACAGCUACGAUUCCAUCAAGGAUUUCGCGGCUCGUGCCUCUCAGCUUCCACGCCUUGAUGGCGUGUUAGCCAACGCUGGUAUCAUGACCACCAAUUUUGGCUUGAGUGAACUCAACGAAAAGACUCUCAAUGUCAACGUCAUCAGUACCUUUUUGUUGUAUCUGCUUCUCCUGCCGAAAAUGCGCGAAUCCGGGCAGCAGACAGGACAUAUCUGCCGCUAUGUGAUCCCCAACAGCGCGUUACAUUAUAUGGCCCCACUAGCAGAGCUAGAUCCUAACAACCAAAGCAUCAUUGACCGGCUGAACGAUCCCCAGAAAGCUGACAUGGCUGGUCGAUACCCUCUGAGCAAAUUGCUCGUUAUCUACGCUGUGCGUGAGCUCGCUGAGAGGUCCCGCUCCUCGGGCAGGGGAUCAUGCAUCAUCAACACGCCGAAUCCAAGUUUCUGCAAGUCCAACUUGGCAAGCGAAGAACAAGAAAACUACGGAUUUAGAAUUAUGGAGAAGCUCUUAGCCCGCUCCACUGAAGAAGGUAGCCGCGCUCUGGUUCACGGUCUGCUGGCGGGCCAAGAAAGCAAUGGCCAGUAUAUAUCAGACUGCCAUGUCGAGAUCCCUGCACGCCACGUCACCGGAAAAUGGGGUCAACAGGUACAGAAGAAGUUUUUCAACGAGCUUCUCCAGAAGCUGGAAAAGAUCCAACCAGGUAUCUCGUCGAAUAUCUGA